AUGCAUGAAUCUAAAUCAGACUCUGAAGAAGAGGAGGGACUCGCAGAGGCCGAUAUCACGAAGCUGAUCCCACUUUUGGCUGAAGCAAUAUCAAAACAGGCUACAAUUAACUUGUUGGUGAAGGUCAUAUCGGGUGUCAUGACUGUACGAUUCAAAAUCGAGCUCGUUUGUGAUGUCACGAACAAGCUGGAUUAUGCAAAUGCAAAAGAUGUUUCUUCUGAUUCGCAUCUGACAUAUCUACAACGACAUGUCUUCGCCCAGGCUGCUAUCGAUCGUAUCGCUCAGGCAAGGAAGAUCAUUGAAACGAAACAUGUACUUGGCCACAGUCGAAAUCAUGAAGCUGGAAAAUCUGAUAAUUUGCAGAACAAGGUCGACUUGCUCAAGGAAGCCGAGGCUCUUGCGCACCAAAAGGAAUCCCUGCAUUCGUCAGAGGUUCCAGGAGGACUGAUCGGCGUUAGGACCAAGAUUGAUCCUACGCUGUGCAAAACGGAUCGUGUCGUUAGUCAAGUGCUGUGCGCAGCCGGGAAACUCCCCGAGGAGAAUUCAGAGCUUGAAAUCAGUUUGUUCCUCAUCCGUUGUUUGCUGGGCGCUCGUACAGAGGACAAAAAACAAACGAAGGUAUCGAAAGUCACCAAGAAUGAGCUCUUGCUGGUCCAACGUCGACUGGUGGGUUGGGGAAGUGUACAGCGCGGGACGCUGUUGGAGUUGGAAUUCGCUACCCCCUUGAUGUGA